AUUCUUUGAGUUGGAUCUUAUAAUGCCUGAUGCUUUUCAAUCUUUUGUCAGGAUCAGUGCGGCCAAGACAACCUUCUGACAAUAGACGUGUAACCUACAACUCCUACUCCUAUUCACAGCCAACAGGCGUGACGGAGUGGACGUCCUGGUUUAACAUCGAUCAUCCCGGGGGGAACGGAGACUAUGAGCGUUUGGAGGCAAUCCGCUUCUAUUACAGAGAGAGGGUGUGUGCGCGUCCCACCGCCAUGGAGGUGCGCACCACAGACUGGGUCUCAGCUGCAGAUACUGGAGAAGUGGUGCACUCCAGUCUGGACAAGGGCUUCUGGUGCGUCAACAAGGAGCAGCCCCACGGGAGGAUCUGCUCCAACUACCACGUCCGAUUCCAAUGUCCUCCAGUGCAGAGUUACUGGUCUGAUUGGAGUGAGUGGGGUCCUUGCUCCACCUCUGUGUGUAACGAUGUGGGCAUCCAGACCAGACACAGGAAGUGCCUGAGCAGCCAGCCCAUGCCCUUGCUGCUGGUGCCCGCCUGUCAGGGGCACCACACGGACAGGCGCGAGUGCUCCACCCCUCCAUGCACAGCCAAGUGGAGUCCAUGGGGACGAUGGGGAGCAUGCUCAGUGUCCUGUGGAGGGGGGCGCCGGGUCAGGAGGAGAACCUGUGUGAAGAACUCACCCACAGUGCAAUGUACUGGACGUCCUGCUGAAAUGCAGAAGUGUGCAAAGAGCCCAUGCCCAGUCAAAUGUCAGAUAUCGUGCUCAGAGGGGCAUCCCAAUGAGGACUGCAGUCGCUGUGUGUGUGAUGGUCAUGUCCUGGAUGGAGAGGUCCACAGUGUGACUGGGGUACCAGUGUCUGGAGCCUGGGUGGCCCUGCCCAGUCAGCCCAAAGUCAUUCUGGCCCGCACCAACAACAAGGGGCACUUUAAACUACCUGGAGUGUGCUCUUCCAGCCCCACGAUGGUCUCUAUACGAAAAGAGAAGUUUGCACCAGUAACUGUCCUGUCUACCAGUAACACAACAGGACGGUCGUGGGUCAAAGCUGUGCUCAAAACUGCAGAAAAGCCAUAUAUUGUGAAGCACCCAGAGGACAAAGUGCGCUACGAGGGUGGACGGGUGCUGCUGUGCUGCAAGGCCACAGGAUCACCAAUGCCUGACAAAUACUACUGGUACCACAAUGGGACUCUACUCGACAGAAAGGUGUACAAGUACGAGGAGGAUUUGGUGUUACGAGAUCUGAAGCCGGAGCAGUCUGGGCACUAUUACUGCAAAACCAGCAGCUCUGCAGGCAGCAUCAAGUCCUCGCCUGCCCUCCUCACUGUCAUUGCCAAAGGGUCACCCGCCUGUAACUCCACCCCUGAGCCACACCUCAUCAGGAUGCCAGUGGACUGUGUUCAGCCUGGGACAGACUCCAUGUUCUUCAACGCCGGCCGCUGCCCUCACAACAAAUGUGCUGGAUCCUUAGACUAUGAUCUCCGCUGCAGAGAUGGAGCAGGCUUCUGUUGUGCUGUCCAGACUAUGGAGACUCGCACCAUCGACUGUGGCAGCUACAAACUUCCAAUCAAAGCAGUCACCCAGUGCAUCUGUCAGAAAUGUGUAGAACCCACAGUACUAGUCAGGGGCAGAGUGGUCUCGGCCGACAAUAAUGAACCUUUAAGAUUUGGUCACAUCUACAUUGGAAAGGAAAGGGUUGGCACUACUGGCUUUCAAGGUGACUUUACAUUACAAAUUACUCCAGACACACAGAGAUUAGUCGUAAACUUUGUUGAUCCCAGUCAAAAGUUUAUUGACAGUCCAAAAGUUUUCAUUUUUGACAAGAAGGGAGGAUCCAUUUAUCAUGAUGUCAGAGUGAUGAGAAAGCAAGAGCCUAUUGAUCUGAAUGCAGGAGAAAGCAAUACUAUUAACUUAGGAGAAAUUAAAGGAGAAGACCCUAUAGGCCAGUUAGUUAUCCCUGCCAACUCUUUCCACAAGGACAAUGGGGAGGUGUAUGAAGGCACAGUGAAAGCCAGUGUCACAUUUAUUGAUCCAAGAAACAUCACGACAGCAGCUGCCACUCCGGGCGACCUCAACUUUGUCAGUGAUGAUGGUGACAUGCUACCCUUGAGAACUUACGGCAUGUUUUCGGUUGAUUUCCGAGACGAGAGCAAUAAAGACAUCCUGGGAGCAGGGGGUGUACAAGUACUUCUCGACACACAACAUGUCAAAAUGCAAGAGCACAUUCCCAAAAUGAAACUGUGGUCCUUGAAUCCAGAGACAGGAGUUUGGGAGGAAGAGGGAGACUUUUCAUAUACCACCACUACUUCUGGACGGAACAAGCGAGAGGAACGUACUUUUCUAAUUGGCAACAUGGAGAUCAGGGAACGUAGACUUUUUAAUCUGGACGUGCCAGAAAAUAGAAGAUGCUAUGUCAAAGUGAGGGCAUAUAUGAGUGACAAGUUCCUCCAGAGUGAGCAAUUGGAAGGGGUUGUGAUCAGCCUGAUAAACUUGGAGCCAAAACCUGGAUUCUCCUCUAACCCUCGGGCAUGGGGACGGUUUGAUAGUGUCAUAACUGGACCUAAUGGGGCCUGCUUACCAGCGUUCUGCGAUGCACGGACACCUGAUGCCUACACUGCAUAUGUGACAGCCAUGAUGGGAGGAGAGGAGCUAGAAGCAGCCCCCUCAUCUCCGAAAAUGAAUCCAAACAUCAUUGGAGUGUCCCAACCUUAUCUGGAUAAGUUAAACUACCAGCGUACAGACCAUGACGAUCCUGCACUGAAGAAAACAGCCUUUAAAAUCAACCUGGCAAAACCCAACCCAAAUAAUUUUGAUGAGACCAAUGGACCAAUUUAUCCAUACCAGAGUAUGUUAGCUUGUGAGAAUGCACCUUUUGAUGCAAAUCAUUUCAGAUUCUUUAGAGUGGAAAAGGACAAGUAUGAAUACAAUGUUGUUCCAUUUGAAGAGAAUGAUCUAACUACUUGGACUGGGGAUUACCUAUCAUGGUGGCCAAAUCCUCAGGAGUUCAGAGCUUGCUAUAUCAAGGUCAGGAUUAAUGGACAAAAGGAAGUAAUGGUCCGAUCAAGAAAUUUUGGAGGGACACACAGGGAAACUACAGGCAAGCUUUAUGGCAUUAGAGAUAUUCGGAGCACCAGGGACAUGCGGGAGGCCAACACAUCAGCUGCAUGUGUUGAAUUCAAAUGUAGUGGGAUGCUGUUUGACCAGGCAGCGGUGGAUAGAUCUCUCAUAACGGUGCUUCCUCAAGGCAACUGCCGAAGAACCCUCACCAACAGUCUCCUGCAAGAGUAUCUGAUCAAGCACCCACCAACUGCCCCAAACAAUGAAACUCAUGGAUUCACUAUGCUAGCCCCUGUGGACCCUCUCGGACACAACUAUGGCAUCUACACCGUCACAGACCAAAAUCCAAGAGUGGCCAAAGAGAUUGCUAUUGGGCGCUGCUUUGAUGGCACUUCAGAUGGCUUUUCUAGGGAGAUGAAAGCUGAUGCAGGAAUAGCACUGACUUUCCACUGUCCGGAGAGGAAACUUAACAGAGAGAGUCUGUUCCAGCGAUUGCAGACCAAUCCAGGCCAAACACUGGCACAGAUGGCCCGAGACAUGAGGGAGAUGGAGGGGGUGCAGGUGCAGAGGUCCCGAGUAGUGGCCUACCCCUCAGAGCAACAGGGCAGGACCCAGAGCCGCAGAGUCACCUCCACAACCCGCAGAAGGAUGAAUAUUCGUGCUUCACAAGGGCAGUAAAUACUGUGUUAUGGGUGCCAAAUCAAGAGGUAUUAAUGAAGAGAUAAUUUAAUGAGCAUGAACUAUUUUUGACAACCACAAACCAAGACUCACCAUGUUUAAGACUGGAGUUGAACUCCUAUACUUGAAUCUUUCUCCAAUGGCUUGCGCUUAUAUAUGCAAUACAGACAAUGCUAUUCAUGUAGUCAUUUUUCUUCACAAAAGGAAAGUAUUUUUAUUUAAUUAAAAUUUUUCCCCUUAAGUAAAGUCAGUCCAUGACAGUCCAUUUACAGAUCACAAAUCAAUACUUCAAAGAACAAAUAAGCCAACAACUUUGGAGCCUCUUAAUUAGAGAGGUUUUCCCAACAGUCUUGUCCUGAACAACACGCCCAGAGAACUGGGGAUGUUUUCGCAAACUUGUUUAUUAUUGCGCAGUAUUACCCUCUGCAACUCAGCCAAACAUCGCUCCACAUCUCCGCCCAAUGUGCCAAGACCAAGACUUUCGCCAACAGGAGCAUGAUUCACACUUAAAAAGAAAUGAUUUUCAAUAUGACAUAAUUUCCACUCCUCUACACAUUCCCAAUUAGCAAUGUUUCAAUUAUGUUGCAGAAUGCCUCACUUUCUUCAAAACAUUUACAGGGACUGUUUCAGAAUGUAAAUAUACUCUUUUCUAGUGCAAUAAUAUUAAUUAAUAUUAAUUUGACUGGAAAUCUCCUGAACUUUUCCUUAAU